AUGAGUGGAACACCUUCAAAGACUGUAAAAUUUUCAGAAGAUACAAAGGAGUCUCCAGAGAUUGCUCCUUCUGUUGCUUUCCCGCACAUGAUUGUUCACGCUUGGCAUGAUCUUGAAGUAGGAUCAUCAGAACUUUUCAAUGCCCUUAUUGAAAUUCCAAAGGGAAGCAAAAUCAAGUAUCAAUACGAUACCAAGUACGGUUUAUUGAAGGUGAGCCACAUUCUCUCAAGCUCAUUGACCUAUCCUGCUAACUAUGGAUUCAUUCCACAAACAUUUGGAGAGGACAAGGACCCAAUUGACGUUUUAGUAUUGAUGCAAAGCGCUUGUCAUCCAAUGAGCAUUGUUCGUUGUCAUCCUAUUGGAGUCAUGCCAUUAAUUGACAAUGGCAUUAUGGAGUACAAGAUUAUUGCUGUUCAUGCUGACGAUCCUGAGUAUCGUGGUAUUAAUGAAUUGGACCAACUUAGACCACACAUCUUGAACGAAAUUAAAAUCUUCUAUGAGGACUACAAGAAAUUGGACAAGAACAGUCAAACUGUAAUCGUAAAAGACUUUUUACCUAGAUCUGAAGCUAUGAAAAUUAUUGAGCAAGGCAUUGAAGGAUACAAGCAAUAUAUUAGAGAGCAAAAGAAGUCCUUGACUUGUACAAGAUAUGGUUCAUAUCAAAACUUGUUUAAGAAAGGAUUGAGCCUUAGUGAAAUGGAUGAUGAUGAUGAAUAA